AUGACACGUUUUUACAAAACAGGAGUAGAUCGCAUAGAUAAAUAUUGUGUUGUUUUUACUUUGUUUUUUUCUCUUCUUCUAUUGAAAUUUUACAUAAUGGAUUUAUCUCGUUUCGGUCGUGACGAACUACAAAGAGGAAUGCUAAAUAAUAUGUUAGAACAAGUAGGUAUUGAUGAUGUUGGUUCAUUUGUUCAAGAAUUUCGAAAUGAAGCUAAUCGUGAAACUGUUGCUCAACAUCAUGGAGGUGGUGAUAAUGAAGAUGAAGAAGAAGAAGGAGAAGACGAUGAGGAUACAUCACGUCGUACUGCAUCAAGUCAAAAGGCAAAUCUAUUUUCAAUGGGAAGUUCACUCUUAAAUCAAUUUACCAGUGGUGGCGGUGGUGGCGGUGGUGGCGGUGGUGGUCGUAGUAGUGGAAAUGAUUCUCUUGAUAUGGUUCAAGGUGCAAUGAAAGCAUAUAAAAUGUUUUCAGGUGAUAAAGGCGAGAGUAGCGGCGGCGGUGGAGGAUUUCUUGAUAAUAUUAGUUCAACAUAUCAAAAUGCUCAAAAAAUGUAUGCUCUUUAUAAACAAUUCGAUAAAAAUGGUGAUGGACAAAUAACAUCUGAAGAUAUAGAAAUUUAUCUUCAAGAAAUGGGACUUGGAUUUGUUUCACCAUAUUUAGCUAAAGCUUUAUUUCAAGCAGUUGAUAAAAAUCAUAAUGGUUCACUUGAUUUUACUGAUCUUAUGGCAUUAGUAACUCUUUUAAAUAAACUAUCCGGUCAAUUUGGUGGAGUGCCUCAAUAG